AUGUCAGGUCAGGAAGUGGCAGCUGGCUUCAUUAUUACUAAUAUCUUGAUCAGCGGUGAUGGGAUGCUCUAUAUCGGGAACUUCGGUUUAUCGAUGAUCCUCGCACGUCGGGAGACUGACAUUUUACCACCUUUUGCCGCCAGUAAAAUUACAUUCGAAAGAAUCCGAGACUAUCUCCAUGCAGGCAAUAUCCGGUGGAUGGCGCCGGAGGCACUUAUGGGCAUCAUCAAACCAACCAAGGCCUGUGAUGUGUGGUCUUAUAGCUGUAUCAUGAUGCAGGUGUUUUCUGGACGUCAGCCUUAUCACAAUGUACAGAACGCUAUUGCUGUUUUUUGGUCGAAGACGCGAGGGGUUGAACUGUUCUCCCAGUUGACGAAGACAUCCAGGUGGUCGCACGACUCGGAGGAUGCUGGUCAACUACCCCAGUUCGACUCUGAAAUAGGAUCCGCUGUGAAGGAAAUACGAGAUAUGUUUCACCCGAGCAUAUUGCUAGCUGUGGCUAGACAGGAGUACCAAAAUCAACCAAAUCCGGAGAUGUGUAUUCGUAUGGCUGCAUCGCAAUUCUGCUCAAGUUCAAAGAUUGAUGAGAUGCACCUGAGCUUGGUGACGGUGCCUGUUGGAAGAUAA